UGUGCCCUGAGCCAAACUCCUCGCCUCCAAGCUGCUUCCUCUCAGCCUCGAGAAAGGAGGAACGGCUAAGAAAAUAAGUUGACAGUAAAUGAGAUGGGGAGAGCUUAAUUCUUACAUGAUUUUUUUUCAACUGGAAGAGCAGCUUUCUACUUAGAUAAACAUGCACGAACCGGCUCUGGUUUGCGCAUUGCUGGGGUUGUUUUACCGGAAAGCUGGUCCGACUCACACCCGCUGAUAAGAGAAAAGCGUUUGUUCUCGCCUCUGGAAGUCUGUGGUCCCAAUAACCCCGCGUGAAACUUGCAAAAAUGGUUCUCAGCUUAGACGCCGUUUUGCAGCACGAGCAAAAUGUUCAGGCUCAGGAAAUGAUGCUGAAGGCAUUUUGAAAAAUGUAAGAUGGGCCUGACACAGCGCUGGCACAGGAUACAUGACGGAAGCGGCGUGGUGGGAGAAAUGGCAGUGGUUCAUAUCCCGCAGCACCCAGCCCAUCACACUCAUUUGAUAAGCAUUUGUUGAACAGAAACGAACAGAUCUAAGGAUAAGACAUGGACAAGUAUGAGUCAUCUGUGAAUGAUGUCAAAGACUGCCGUGUGGGUAUGACACAGUUCUGGCCCAUGAAAUAACAAGAAGAAUACAGCGGAGGCGCUUCUGGGAAAUUUUCCCUUCUCAGUGUAAAGAGCAUGUGAAAAGGGCUUGGCCUUUCCUCUCUCUUCCCUGCUCCGAGAGGCUUGUGUGAGGAUGCACAGGGUGUGGUGUCUUCCUGAAGAACAUUGUACUUUAAAAGGAAAGAUGCUGUCUCCAAAUGAUAAAAAGUUAGAAAAGCUGGAUCCAUUUUACCGACCUUCACUGUCCAAGCAGAAGACCAGUGCAGAAAUCAUAAGUGAAGCACGAAAUGCCUUACGAACUGUUAGGACCCAAAGACCAUUUACACCACGGGAAGACCAGAGAAAACUAUUUGGGCCUGCAUCUUCAAGAACACCGGAAAACAGACCUGCAUCCUCCUUCAGCGUCCAUGCAUCCAGUUUUGAGUUCUCUGAUUCCAGGCCCAUCUCUGGCACACGUCUCAGUCCACUGGAGUUUAAACCGAAAGCUCCAGCAUCUCCUGACACAGUGGAAGAUUUCUGCCUUUCCUUUCCUAAACCCCCAGUGGACCCCGCGAAGAUUAGAAGAAUAAGCAGUGCCCGGGCGCGUUUAUUCAGGGCGGCCUCCCAGGGAGCUCUUCUGCCAGCCAGGACGCUUCUUCCCACUCAGUCAAAGAGAGUGGUAUCCGAAGAAACAGUUAUGACAAGGGACUCUGUGGUGAAAAUAAAUGGGAUUUACUUAACAGAAUCGAAGGCCACUGGCAACUUAAAGAGUCACCCACUUCAGCUAACAUAUGAUGGAGACGUCAGUAAAAUCACGGAGCAAGAAAUGUUUAAAGGGGCGACGUCCUUGCCAUUUCAUCUCAGAAGUGGAGGAGACCAGGGGAAGAGGCGUCCGAGGGCCUCCUCAAGCUCCCGCAGCCCAGACCAGAGCAGGCUGGACAUCAGAGCAGGCUCAAAAGCUGACUUGCAAGAAAAGAAUACAGAAAUAGAAGUAGAUGAAGUAUUUUGGAAUACAAGGAUUGUACCCAUUUUGCAUGACUUAGAAAAAGAAGAAAACAUUGAAAUGGUCUGUGCUGCUUGCACACAACUUCAUCAUGCUUUAGAGGAAGGAAACAUGCUUGGAAAUAAAUUUAAGAGAAGAAGUGUUCUCCUGAAGACCCUGUAUAAACUAGUUGAUGUUGGCUCCGACUUGCUGAGCCUUAAACUUGCAAAAAUUAUUCUAGCACUUAAAGUGAGUGGAAAGAAUCUUCUUAAUGUUUGCAAACUUAUAUUUAAAAUUAGCAGAAGUGAGAAGAAUGAUUCUCUGAUUCGAAAUGACAGCAUUCUGGAAUCAUUAUUGGAGGUCCUGAGAAGUGAAGACCUGCAAGCUAACACUGAAGCUCUCCUGUACUGCAUGGGGACCAUCAAAUUCAUUUCUGGAAAUCCAGAAUUUCUUCAUGAAAUGAUCGGCAAAGGUGCUGUUGAGAUAUUGAUGAAUCUGAUAAAGCAAGUAAAUGAGAACACCAAGAAAUCUGGGACAUGUUUGCCUAAUUCAGGCCACUUGUUAGUCCAAGUGACUGCUACACUGAGAAACUUGGUUGAUUCGCCACUAGCAAGAAGUAAGUUGCUAAGCAUCAGUGCUCUUCCCCAGCUCUGCACAGUAAUGGAACAGCACAUAGGUGACAAGGAUGUCUGUACCAACAUUGCCAGAAUAUUCAGCAAACUUACUUCUUACCAUGACUGCUGUGUAGCCUUGGCCAGCUAUUCCAGAUGUUAUGCCUUGUUUUUGAAUCUGAUAAACAAAUACCAGAAGAAGCAGGAUUUAGUUGUUCGCAUUGUUUUUAUUCUUGGCAACCUGACAGCGAAAAAUAACCAGGCUCGUGAGCAGUUUUCCAGGGAGAAAGGGAGCAUCCCCACUCUGCUGUCUUUAUUCCACACAUUCUACAAACUGGAUCUGCAUUCUGGGAAGCGCUGUGGGGAAGGAGACGAGCGUCCCAAGGCACCGAGGCCGGCCCAGGCAGAGGACGUGCUCAUCAAACUGACCCGUGUGCUCGCGAACCUGGCCAUCCACCCAGGCGUGGGCCCAGCCAUCGCCGCCCACUCGCACAUCGUCGGCCUUCUCCUCGCCACGCUGGAAUCCAAGUCAAUUGAUGAUUGUGAGGAGCUGGUGAUCAACACUACGGCAACUAUCAACAACUUAUCUUACUACAAAGUGAAGAAUUCCAUAAUUCAAGACAGAAAGCUAUAUAUUGCUGAAUUGCUCUUAAAGCUCCUCGUGAGUAACAACAUGGAUGGAAUCCUGGAGGCUGUGCGUGUUUUUGGAAAUCUCUCCCAGGACCAUGACAUCUGCGAUUUCAUAGUGCAGAAAAAUGUCCACAAGUUCAUGAUUGCUCUGCUGGAUGCUAAGCAUCAGGACAUUUGCUUUUCUGCCUGUGGUGUUCUCCUAAACCUCACCGUGGACAGAGACAAGAGAGUCAUCCUAAAAGAAGGAGGUGGCAUUAAAAAGUUAGUGGAUUGUUUAAGAGAUUUUGGGCCUACUGAUUGGCAGCUGGCCUGCUUGGUUUGCAAAACGCUAUGGAACUUCAGUGAAAACAUCACCAAUGCUUCAUCCUGUUUUGGAGAUGAGGCUGCCAACACACUCUUAGCCUUGCUGUCAUCAUUCUUAGAUGAAGAACUAGCAUUGAAUGGGAGUUUUGACCAAGACCUAAAAAACUAUCACAAACUCCACUGGGAAACAGAAUUCAGACCUGUGGCACAGCAGCUUCUAAACCGAAUUAAGAAUCAUCACACCUUCCUGGAACCUCUGCCUAUUCCUUCUUUCUAACAUGAUGCAGAUUAACAACAGAAACAGGAAGUCAGGUCUCCAUCAUUCUUAAGAAGUGGUAACAAGCAUGAACUUUUUUCUUCAAUAUUAACAAAUAUUCAAAGUUUUUCAGGUACUUAUUUUAGUGAGUAGUCUUAGUGUAUUAAAAGAAAUAAGCAUUUCUUGUCAGGUAUUGUGGAAAAAUGAAUAUACAUGUUGUGCUUCCUAUUAUGAGAAAUUUAAGAUGAAAAUAUAUUCAUGGUAUUUCUAAGUAAAUGACUUUUUAUUCUAUUCUCUAUUGAAUAAUUUAGUUCUAGUCUUAAAAUCCUGAUGUCACAAUUCUAGAAUUUAAUUGUUUGUCAGUUCAAUGAACUGUGCAAUGAAGACAUUUUAUGUACAGAAAGAGUGGUGGUCAACACUAUUAGGAAUACAUUACUACGUAAGCAUCUGCACUAAUUCUUACAGCUGUUAAUAAUAAUCUUCUGGUUAGGUACCACUAUUUUCUCUGGUUGUCAUAUUGAGAGGAAGGGGGAAGCAGAAAAAUUUAGAGAAGACUGCUUUGGGCCAUCUACUCUUUAUUAAAUAAGUAAAAUAGAUGAAAAAGAGAGUAUUUUCCCUUUUUAUUUUUAUUUGAAAUAAACUGAGUAGAUCAGACAAUUCUACUUAUAACUCUCUGUGAUUAUAGAGGUGAUCUAAUAUAGUAGAAGUAAAUGGCAGAUCUCAGUUUGAAUCCUAGGUCUCCCCUGCCUAGGUUUUGGGCAACUAACUUAAUAUUUUUAGCUUAAGUGUACAAUGUAAUCAUGUAGUUUAGGAACAAACCAACAAAAAUGGGCAAAUUGUCCAGUAUGCUGACUGAUGUGUAGUAGGCACUCAAUAAAUUAUGAUUUUCCACCCUUCGUAGGAU